GGAAAAGGGAAUUGGAUAUGAAGCCCUAGUCUCAUCGGCAAACAUCAGUCAAAACCUCAACCUGUGAAUAUGAUUAGAAGGAAUUCCAUUAACCGACCUCCCACGCCCGACGCUCGGGAUGACGACCACGAUGCUCCACCCAAGGAGCCCACGCUUCAUGAGAUUGUCAACCUCAAGUUGAUAGAGAGUGGAGAGAAGGAGCGGUUGAUCGAAUUGGUGAGGGAAAGGCUGGUCGAGUGUGGAUGGAAGGAUGAAAUGAGAACUCUUUGUAGGGCAUUUGUGAAGAAGAAUGGGAGGGAUAAUGUUACUGUGGAUGAUCUUGUUCGUGCAAUUACCCCAAAAGGCAGAGCUUCAAUACCAGAUUCAGUGAAGGCUGAGCUUCUCCAGAAAAUCCGAAGCUUUCUUGUUUCAGUUGCCCAUUGAGAUAUCAGCUUUUACAUAAUGGAUCAUGGGGAAAGUAUCUUAUAGAUUAUUUCAGCAGAAGUUAAGCAGAAAAGAAAAUUCUGGAGCUUUCAUUUCGCAGGUUCCAGUGUUUAAUUAUUCCAACAUAUGUACGUCACGUAGAUUUCAUGGAACUUAAUGUGCAGCUGUAUAAUUUUUUUGGUUUUUGUUUGCAUUACAUUUGAAUAGCUUACGCUUUGUUUCUGCCUAUUUGCUAAAUCGAGAUUCACGUA